GCAAUCUACAUUUACCUGAAUAUUGAGCCUCUCUGUUCCCCUGCUGAUGCGAGCGAUUGGAUGGCUGACCUCACCAGCCUCCCCGACUCGCCUGAUCUCGUGCACAGGUUGGUGGAUAAGGCCGCCGAUGUCUGUAAGCUCGCCCGGGGCAAGGUUAAGGCCUCUAAUUCUGCUGGAGUCAGGAAGUGGUUGAAGGAUGCGUUACCAGGAGGAGCGAGGAAGGUUCGCAACUGGUUGAAGAGUGAUGAUAAGGUGGCGGUGGAGUACCUGGUCGCGCCUGACGGCAUCCGACAAACCCCUAACGACAUGAUGAAGUAUAGGCAUGACUUCUGGGCCCGCUGGUGGGCCCCCACUAAGGAGCAUCUGCAGGUUCUCAAUGAUACCCUUGGUGAGCUCAGGUCCCAUGCCCAGACUUUCCUCCUGGAGUUGCCAGAGUUGGAGCCUCGGGACAUCCUGCAG